AUUGGAGAGUAAAAACCAUGUGGUUUACGAGAAAGGCAUUGUCCUGCACAGGGAUUGUUUUCAUUCCUUCUGUAACAUCCACACGCUAUACUUGGAAUCAUGGCAAAACCAGCUGUAACAUUGAAUAAUGGACAGGACAUGCCAGCAUUUGGAUUUGGCACAUGGCUGGCAGCUCCUGGUGUUGUUGCAAACUCGGUAAAGUUGGCAUUAGAUUUGGGAUACAAACAUAUUGAUUGUGCUUCUGUGUAUGGUAAUGAGCCAGAGAUUGGUGUGGUUUUCCAAUCAACAUUUUCAUCAGGUAACAUUAAAAGGCAAGAUGUUUUUGUAACAUCCAAACUUUGGGUUAAAGAUUUUUGCAAUGUCAAAGAAGCCUGCAAAACAACAUUAAAGAAUUUGCAACUGGAUUACUUGGAUUUAUAUUUAAUUCACUUGCCAUUUGAACUGGAGAAGAAUUUGGAGAGUUUGAUUCCAUCCGAACUUGGAAAGGGUGUGAUUGGGUAUGAUGCAAAACGUAUCCAGGAAGUUUGGAAAUGCAUGGAACAAUUGGUGGAUGAAGGACUCGUGAAAGCUAUUGGAAUCAGUAAUUUCACAACAACAAAAGUUAAAGAUCUGUUGGCCUCAUCACCACGAAUUAAACCUGCAUGCAAUCAAGUUGAGUUGCAUCCAUACCUUCCACAAAAUGAGCUUGUAAAACUAUGUAGGAGCGAAGGUAUUUCUAUCGUUGCUUAUUCACCACUGUCAAACCCAGGUCGACCUGCUGGGUUCAAAGACGAUGAAGAACCCUCUCUGUUGGAAGAUCCUGUUAUAGCUUCCAUAGCUGAAAAACACAAAGCAACAAAGGCGCAGAUCCUUUUAUCGUGGCAUGUGAAACGUGGAACUGGCGUUUUGGCUAAAUCCGUCACAGAAAGCCGUAUCAAGGAGAAUUUUGAAAAUCUGAAGGUCACCUUGGAUGAUGAAGAUAUGGCGAAAAUUAGCGCAAUUACUACACGAUUUCGAUAUUGUAAACAAGGUUGGGCUUUGAAGGAGGGUCAGACUCAUGAAAAGGAUAUCUGGGAUGGAGAGAUGUUACGAUAAUGGCGUUAUCACCGUUUUUAUGAUAUUAGAAUAGCUCUUUAUUUUGAUGUAUUGACGUAACAAAAUAGUCAAUAAAAUUAUA